AUGUUGACGGACGCCAUGGCCGCCGAUUCCCACCGCAAGCUGGAGGUGAUUCGACAUAUGGCGCACAAUGAAGUUUACAUCGUUCUGGACUACAAAAUGAAGCUGGAUCCGAUGUACCCUCGCGAGACAACGAUUCAGCACUACGGCAAGCGCGGCAUCAGCUGGCAUGGGGCGUGCGUGAUAUACAAAGACUCUCAGAGCACGCACAAUAUGCGGUAUAUGGAUCAUUUGAUCCACAACGACAACCGUCAAGAUCCAGGGUCCGUUCUGGCCCUGAUGGAGCUGAUUCUCCUUCAGGUCAAAACUGAGUUUCCCACAACUGCGAUGGCGUCGUUCCAAUCGGACAAUGCGUCUACCUACCAAAACCAGUUUUUGCCCCUCUAUUUGAAGGACAUCUCGAUUGGAUUAACCGCUUCAUAG